ACAUAUCGGCCUGAUAGAGCUCGCCUUCGUCCCCUCCUAUCGACUGCCCGCCACGUACCUAUCAUACGCUCUUGUCUACCCUGUCCCCCCGUCCCGUCCCGUCGAGUUCAUCCACUACACGCAUACUAUCCCACCUUCCCUUCUCCCCCACCCACCCACCCCCCACAACGCGACCUCAGGUGGUACCCAACAGCAAUGUUCACUUCCCUUAUCCAGAAGGCCUCCUCGUACAUCUCCGACGUCCCCAACCAGUCCUCGACACCCACAGAUCGUCCAAACAAAGCAGUCCUGUUCCGCACGCACUUCCGGCUGCCAGACUCGCAAUCCCCACUACAGGAGAUAAUCUGCGAGCUGACCCUCCCCUCAGGCGACCACUACUCCGGCAAGCUCUAUCUGUCCGAAGCAUUCCUGUGCUUCUCGCCCUCGCCGCCUUCCUCGUCUUCCCCCGCUCCCGCAACCGCCGGCAUCGGCUUCAGCUUGCCCCUAUGUGCCAUCCGCAGGGUCGAACGAUUGCACUCGAGGAGCUACAUGUUUGCCCUGGCGAUCACGACAUGGCACGGCACGGGGGCCGAGGGGAUCGCCGGGAAAGAGGAGCGGCUCACGCUGCAGUUUGUCGGCAUGCGGAGCUCCUGCGAAGCUUUCUGUGAUCGGCUCAAGCGCGCAUUGAGAACGCAGAUGUCCGAAGUCAAGAACCUCAAGAUCUUGGUGGAAAGUUGCUACAGCGAGUAUCUCCUGGGGAAGGAUAGGGAUGGGAAACGAGAGGAGCCAGAUGCGGGUUUGGGAAUGAUGUUCAAGUACCCCGGAGACGCCAGGAAAUUGAGGGAUAGAAGCAAGAUGAGAUUGUGGGCUGAGUAUCUGAGAGAGAACGGCAGGAACGUGACUCUGAUACGACAACCUACCUUCCACAAGCUUGUGCGCGUCGGACUCCCGAAUCGUCUCCGUGGUGAAAUGUGGGAACUCACAUCUGGAUCGCUGUAUCUUCGGUUAUUCAAUCCCACACUGUACAAAGACACGAUCGAUCAGUUCGAAGGCCGGCAUUCCCUAUCGAUUGACGAGAUCGAGAAGGAUCUCAACAGAUCAUUACCGGAGUACCGGGGGUUCCAGAGCGAGGAAGGAAUCGGCCGUCUACGGAGAGUACUGGGAGCAUACUCGUGGGUAAACGAAGAAGUUGGCUACUGCCAGGCGAUGAACAUCGUCAUGGCAGCUUUAUUGAUCUACAUGUCGGAGGAACAAGCCUUCUUUGUGUUAUCGACGCUUUGUGAUCGGCUAAUCCCUGGGUACUACUCGACUACUAUGUAUGGCACGCUCCUCGACCAGAGAGUGUUCGAAUCGCUGGUCGAAAAGACGAUGCCGAUACUCUGGGAGCAUCUCGUCAAGGCGGAUGUUCAACUUUCGGUCGUGUCUCUGCCUUGGUUCCUGUCCCUUUACAUCAAUUCGAUGCCGCUGGUGUUUGCGUUCCGGGUGCUAGAUGUCUUUUUCUUGGAAGGCCCCAAAGUGCUGUUCCAGAUAGGGCUCGCGAUCCUCCGUAUCAAUGGCGAGGAACUCCUCGAUGCUACUGACGACGGCGCAUUCAUCUCGAUCCUGAAGUCGUACUUCUCUCGUCUGGACGAGUCGGCACACCCCCGCUCCGAUAACGAGAAGCUGCGUGCCGUCACACGAUUCCAGGAACUAAUGGUGGUGGCAUUCAAGGAGUUCUCUGGUAUCACCACUGCGUCGGUCCAAGAGCAGCGGGCAAAGCACAAGGAUGCGGUCAUGUCUUCGAUCGAGUCCUUUGCCAAGCGCACGCAGAUCCGCAACUUGGGGCCGGAGAGCAAACGCUUAAAGGCAGACGAGCUGUCGGCAAUCUACGAUCGCUACCAUUCCACCAUCUACGAGCGACAGUUGCGUCUGCAGAAGAUUGCCGAGGAGCUGGAGCGCUACCAAAAGAAGAAGCAGACAUCUUCGGCGGCAUCGAUAAAGAGUACACUCUCUACUGGCCCACUGGGCAGCUCCGUGCCCAGCCCCGUCACUACUAUGGACUACGAUACCUUCCGUGAGUUCCUGGCCGGCGUCACACAAUGGGCUAUCGCCGAUCCCGUUACCCCAAAUUCCGAAUCGGCAGACCAACAAAGUCAGACCAAGAAACGACUGUCUCCCAGCCCUCUGCCCGCCGACCACGAGUUCUUACAACGUCUCUUCCGGCGAUGGGACACGGACAUGAAGUCAACCUUGACCCUCGCCAACGUGGUCGGCGGCCUGGCAGAUGUGGUCGGCAAGCGCAAGGAUCUAAUGAGCACAAUCGCCUAUUGGUUCGAGCUCUAUGACGACGACGGCGAUGGCCGGGUCGACCGUGAAGGAAUCCUGCGGAUUUCCGAAGCUCUCCUCUUCGUGACCCGUCGGUCCGACGAAGAACGCGUUCUCAGUGCCAUCAGCGGUUUCAUCCGCCGCUGCUUCGAAUACGCCGAUCCAGACCGUCAUGCCGACCCCGAUGACGCUCAACUCCUCGACCUCACCGACACACCGCAAACCCCCACCUCGCCCAAAGCAGAAGCAAACGCGGCGCUCAACCCCCAACGACCCUUACACAUCACCCUGCCCACCUUCCGCAUGGUCAUCCUCGCUGACGAAACGCUCGAGAGCUUCUUCGAUAUCGGGUUUGCCGACACAUUCCACCUUCUCCGGUCCAGCAACUCUCCGCCUCCUCCCGUCGCCGGCUACGGCCUGCCCAGCGCCAAGGGCAUCCGUGGCGUUCUCGACGGGCUGGUCGACGAAGCCACCCGCGUCGCUGCCGAGGUCCGCAGAAGAAUGGAGGAGCCGGUCGAAGACGCUGGUGACGACGCGGAGGCCGACGACGCGGGCAAAGACGCCGACUUGCUCAAGGGCGCGGAAGCGGAAGCCGGCGUGCCGGCCGAAGUGCCGGCGAAAAGCGCGGCAAUGGAGGUCAGGAAGGGACCGGGACCUGAUGGAAACCGGAGGUCUGUCUCCCAUAGUGCUAAGCAGAGCGAGGGGAAGGGCGUGGUCGAGUUUGAGGGGUCGCGAGAGGUGGUCGAGGUGUAAUAUAUGUAAGUGUUAUGAGGAAGAGGAGUUUGGGCGAUUCUUUUUGUUUGUUUGCUGCUUGGAUCAUUGCGGAGGGUGUUUUUUCUUUUCGAGUUUCUACAUACUGUGCAUGUUUUUCUGGGGGGGGUUUGGUGGUAGAGUACCGAGAGCUGGUGGUGGUAGUGGUAGUGGAGGGGGGCCUAAGAUGAAUGGAACUGGAUAGUAGGCAAGCGAGCGUUAUGGGCAUCGUAGCUAAAUACCUAGUACUCAGGUGCAUACCUA